AUGAAUUUCCUUAGUAAAACUUUUAACACAUUAACAGGAAAUUCAAUUCCUUAUACAUUCAAUGAAAAAGUAAUAGAUCCAACAAAUUCAUCAACAAAAUUAAAUCAAAAUUCAAUAUGGACACUAUAUAAUGGGAUAAACCCCAAAGAUAAUUCACUAGUUUCAAUAUUUGAAUUCAAUUUAAAUAAUCCAAAAACUAUCAAUUAUUCAAAUUUAGCUAAAAAUGCUUUUAAAAAAUUAAAAACAAUAAAAUUUCCUGGUAUAAUUUCAAUAAUUGAAUUUCUUGAAGUUGGUGAAAUAUUAUAUAUUAUUACAGAAAGAGUAAUUCCCUUACCUAUAUAUUUAGAAACGAAUCCAAAAUUAUCAAAUGAUUCAAUAAUAGCAGGAAUUUAUUCAAUUGCAACCACAUUAACAUUUUUAAAUGAUGAAUGUAAUUCCUUAUAUGGUGGAUUAAAUUUUUACAAUUCCGUAUUUAUAAAUUUACAAAAUGAUUGGAAAUUAAUGGGAUUCGAAUUAGUUACAAACUUAUCUUCAGAUCCAGAUCAACCAAUUUAUAGAUUAAGUCAAUAUAGUCCACUGCAAGUUGAUAGGAUUGACCCAGAAAUUAUAAGAAAAGAUCCUAAAAAAUACGAUUCUUUAAAAUUGGGGUAUUUUAUUUAUGGAGUUUUUAAUUCGGGUGUUUUUGAUAUUAAUUACAAAUUACCUGUGAAAUUGGUGGGACCAACUAAAAGAUUAAUUGCUAAAAGAAAUUAUAUUUCACAAUACUUAAAAGAAAUGGAACAAGUUCAUCAACUAAAUAAAGUUAUUAAAUUUAAUAAUAUACUAAAUGAAUUAAAAUUUAUGAAUAAUGAUCAAAAAUUAGAAUUUUUUAAAUAUGAAUUAUUAAAUUUUAUUGAUGAUUCAAACACUGAAGAAGAAAAUAAUUAUCCUCCUGGACUUUUAAAUUAUAAAUUAUUACCAGAAUUGAUUACACAAUUCAAUCAAUUAAAAAUUUCAACUACUGUAGUAGAUUUACAACAACAACAAAAUAAUCAAGAAACUUUAUCAUUAAUUUUAAAUUUUAUAAUUAAAUUUGGAAUUCAAUUAUCGCCGGAAGAGUUUAACAAACAAAUAAAGCCUAUCAUCUUUGAAUCGUUCACAUUACCCGAUAGAUCAAUACGAUUAAUCCUAUUAAAUCAUUUACCAACUUAUGAAAGAUUUUUAAAUGAUUCAGAUAUACAAUCUAAAAUUUUCAAUUACUUAAUCACGGGGUUUCAAGAUACAAAUUUUGUAAUUAGAGAAUCAACUUUAAAAUCUAUAACUAUAAUUAUUGAUAAAAUAUCAGUCAAACAAAUUAAUAAUGAAUUAUUAAGAAUAUUAGCCAAAACUCAAAUAGAUCCAAAACCUUCAAUUAGAGUCAAUACAUUAAUUUUAAUAAUUACAAUAUCAUCAAAAAUUUAUUCAAAUUCUAAAAAUAAUGUUUUAAUUACUGCAUUAUCAAAAUCAUUAAGAGAUUCAUUCAUACCUUGUAAAAUGACAGCAUUAAAUGGAUUUAAAUCAUUAAUUAAUGAUUUUUCAUUAGAAGAAAUAUGUUCAAAAAUAUUAGGACAUUUAGCAAUUUCAUUAAUGGAUAAAAAAUCUCUUAAAAUAAGAAAAGAAGCUAAAAUUGUAUUUGAUUUGUAUUUAAAAAAUGUUGAAAAUUUUGCAAAUGAUUUACCAAAUAUAGAAGAAGAUGAAGAUGAAGAAGAAAAAGAAUUUUUUAAAAGAAAUGCACCUCAACAACAACAACAGCAACAAGAACCUCAACAAGAUCAACAACUAAAUACUGCUCCAGCUACUUCAGAAUCAAGUUUUGGUUGGAAUAUGGUUUCAAAAUUAACUUCCAUAAGUGGUGUUUCUAGUGUUACUGGUGGUCAAUUAAAUAAAGAUUUUAAUCAAUCAACUCCUGAUAUAACUAGAGUAAGUACACCAAGUCAAAAACAAUUACCAAUUCAUCAUCAACAACUGCAACUUAAAAUUAAUGAAGAUUUAGAAGAUAAUGAUGGUUGGGAUAAUAAUGAUGAAGAUGAAGAUUAUUUCAAUGAUGAUUGGAUAGACAACGAUGAAAUUACAACUAGUAAUGGAAAAAAUCAAGAUUUAUCAAAAACAUUCCCAAUAAUUGAAAAUACAAAAAAAUUAAAUCUAGGUAGAUCAACAGAAACAACAACAACAACAACAACAACUACAAAAAAAUCAAUACCUACAACAUCUAUAAAAAGACCAUUAAGUACCAAUACUAUAAAAAAGCCAACAACUACAUCACUGUUGAAAUUAGGUGGUUCGAAACCAAAACCAAAACUGAACUUACAAUUAAAUUUAAAAAUUGAAGAUGAUGAUAUUAAUGAAGAAGAUGGUUGGGGUGAUGGAUGGUAG